AUGAAUACACAGUUGACUUUAUCUGAUAAUGCUUCGAUUCUAGUAGAGUUGAGAGCUAGACUAAUGUUUCUUCAGCAGAUUUGUGAAGCUCAAAAGUGUGACAGUGAGUUGCAAACCAAGAGAAUUCAGUGCAAAUCAAGCGAUGACUCAGAAUUUCAGAUUGACUCCGAUGAUUGUUUGAGAUUCCAAGGUAGGAUAUGUGUUCCUAAAGAUACAGAGCUGAUUCAGAAGAUUCUUAAUGAGGCACAUAAUGUGAAACCUGAACACCAAGUACCUUCGGUUUUACUUCAUCCUGUGAUGGUUCCUGAGUGGAAUUGGGACAGAAUUACCAUGGAUUUUGUGACGGAUUUGCCUUUGACUCUGAAAAAGAAGGAUGCCGUUUGCAUUGUCGUGGACAUAUUGACAAAAUCAGCUUAUUUUACACCGGUACAUAUUGAUUUGAACUAUACAUUGCUGAGAUUGUGA